GACGGAGCAUUAAAGCUUCUCUUUCCGACCCGAAAAAAGGAGAAGAAAAAGGUUUGUGAUGGCUUCAUCAGAUUACGAGAUCAUCACUGACCCGUGGGAUCCUAAAUGCGUGAGCGCGUGCACCAUGUAUUUCCCUGGAAAAGAGCCCGAAGAUAAUGAGCUUCUGCUGGAGAAGAUCCGUGGGAAACUUGACGAGCGGAUUCACAAUCACACACUAGCAGAAGAGUAUCGUAUUAUGAACGACCAGAUCGUGAAGAGUCAGGGAUUUGAUGUCGAUUUCUCCAAGCUGCGUUACCUUUUCGACUUCCAGCCUGCGUUUCUCGACGAACUCUAUCCACUCGGCAAACCACAUACCGGUAGGGUCUAUUUCGGUAGAUUGGCUGCAGAAGCCGUUGAGAUUUACAACAAAAGAGAGGGGACUAGUUUUGAGUUCGUUGAGGUUGAGAAAGCAAAUAUUUACUUGAACAGCGGAAAGUUCUACUUCAUCACAUUUGUAGCCAAAGAUCCUCUUCACCAGACAAAAGUGGUGUUUCAAGCUAAGGUCAUCCAUGUGUUCUGUAGAGAGAUUGUACACAGCUUCUGCAGGCUUAAACCCAACCAAGAAGGAACAUGUGAGGAUGAAGAUUCCAUUGCGGAGAAAGCGUCCGUUAGAAGAACCAAGAAGAGAAAGCAUGGGUUGGAAAUUAAUCAAGAGUGGUGAAGGGGUCCUCUUAUUUCGGUUCAAGGGGUGGCUGGUCUCUUGGUCUCUCUAAUUAUGUUGUGUAAGAACCUUUUCUUUUGUUAUCAUGUUUGAGGAAUAAUUAUGUAAUUUCUGGAUUAAUCCUCCUUUUGGGGAGGGUGAGAAUUCCAUGUAUCCUCAACUAAGAUUAAACUUUUAUAUCUUUCAUUUGCACUA